AUGAGAGCCGAAGAGUCCCGCGACUUGCACGCCAUGCCCUUGCUCCGGCAGCUGGUGGCCCAGAUCGUCUCACACCUGUUCAGCCCAGAGCAUGCCACGGUUGCUCUGGAGGCCCGCACCGGGGCCACCUCGCCCUGCGACCAUCGUCUACCGACCGUCACGAUCUACCACGCCGACUCGUGCGCCGUGCGCAAGCAAGAAGCGGACCACCGUCUCAUGACCCUCGAUGACGGCAUACACAAGAGCCGUCCGACCGUCGCUGUCUCGCUCAUUGCAGUCUACCUUUUCCUGCUGCAAUAA